CGGGGCUCCAUGGCCGCCUGGGGCGAGCGGCUGGCGGGCGUGCGCGGGGUGCUGCUCGACAUCUCGGGCGUGCUGUACGACGGCGGCGCGGACGGCGGCACGCCGAUCGCCGGCUCGGUGGAGGCGGUGGCGAGGCUGAAGCGGUCCGGGCUGAAGGUCAGGUUCUGCACCAACGAGUCGCAGAAGUCCCGGGGAGACCUGGUGCAGCUGCUGCGGCGCCUGGGCUUCGACAUCUCCGAGGGAGAGGUGACCGCCCCCGCCCCGGCCGCCUGCCUGAUCCUGCGGGAGCGAGGCCUGCGGCCCCACCUGCUCGUCCACGAUGGAAUCCGCUCAGAAUUUGAUCAGAUUGACACAUCCAACCCAAACUGCGUUGUGAUUGCAGACGCCGGAGAAGACUUCUCUUACCAAAACAUGAACAGAGCCUUCCAGCUGCUCAUGCAGCUGGACAACCCUGUGCUCAUAUCACUGGGGAAAGGACGCUACUACAAGGAGACCUCCGGCCUGAUGCUGGACGUUGGGGCCUACAUGAAGGCUCUCGAGUAUGCCUGUGGCAUCGAGGCCCAAGUGGUGGGGAAGCCUUCUCCUGAGUUUUUCAAGUCUGCCCUGCAAGAAAUUGGGGUGGCAGCCCACCAGGCCGUGAUGAUUGGAGACGACAUCGUGGGUGACGUGGGCGGUGCGCAGCGGUGCGGGAUGAGAGCCCUGCAGGUGCGGACUGGGAAGUUCAGGCCCAGUGACGAGCACCAUCCGGAAGUGAAGGCCGAUGGGUACGUGGACAACCUCGCAGAGGCCGUGGAUCUGCUGCUGCAGCAUGUGGACAAAUGAUGGUGCACUGGGGAGCCCCCACCCCCGCCCCCCAGUUCCUUCCCUCGGCCCCUGCCCCAGUCAAGCGGGCAAGGCCAGCCAGCAGCCGUCCCCGUCUCCCUCUCUGACCCCACCUCUACCGUCACGUCCCCUCCUGAGCAGCCCGUGCCCUCUCUGCACGGCAGCGCGCCCAGCGCAGUCAGAAGAGGGGGACAGACCCCUGCUCCUCCAAAGGAGAGGGGCUAGAGGAGCUCUGGGUAUGGACCCCAGCCCUUGCCUGCUGCCUCUUUGUCAACAUUCUUUACAUUUAGUGAGGAACUGGGAGCAGGUACCCCCUAUACAGAUCAGCCGCCUAGGCUGAGCCACCUCCCUGGUACUGCCCAGCAUCCCUGGCCCUCACCUGGUGUCAGAGUUGCCAAUUAGCACCCCCAGCCACGCCAGCCCACCAUCCACUUGGCACCCCCACCCCAGCCACAGCAGGCCACUGCCUUCCUACCCCCUCAGUCACCUUCGGAGUCAAGAGCUGGGGCAGGGCCUCCCCUGUGGUGCAGUGGUUGAGUGCUGGGCUGCGAAGCUGCCUGCAGCCUCUGCAGCGCCGGUUCGAUCCCCGGCUGCUCCCCGGCCACCGGGCGAGGGUCCCACAUGGCGCGCAGACCUCUCCUGCCGCCCGCUGCUCCCCUCAGCAGUGU